AUGCUAUACCUGAAGUUGCUUUUGCCUCAAGUAUUUUAUCAGAAAUUGAGAACAUUGAUCCCACUCCCAUUAAUGUACGCCAGAAAACACUGUUCAUAUAACUCCUCUCAACAAAAAAGGGUACCAAACUAUCAAAAGACCCAAGAUUACAAAAAAAAGACAUCUAGAACUGAAACAUCAUCAAGUGAUAGUGAUAGCGGACCCAUUAAUCUGCACCAGAAAACUCCACCACCAACUGCAGACUAUUCAAAAAGCUCUUCCCAACAAAACUGUUUGCCACAAUACCAAAAGACGCCAAUUCACAUGAAAAAGAAGUCUAAAACACAAACUUCAUCAAGUGAGAAUUCUGGCAGUUAUACUUCGGAAUCAGAAGACAGCGGCGAAGAAGUUGAAUUGUCAAUAAAUCAGUUUCAUAAAAAAAAGGAAACUUUCCUUAUGAAUUUUGAAAAAAAUGAUUUGGAGGUUUAUAACAAAGAGAAUAACAAUCUUCGAGAAGAAAAAAGUAAUACUGAAGAAAUAAAAACUUGCCGGGCCAAAACUUUGGACACAUCGUUUACAGAAAUGCUUGAGACUCCAGCAAAAAUUGAGAAAAAAAAUACACAAAAUAGAAAGAAGGCAAUAAAUAGCAGAGCUAUAGUGGUAAAAAAAAAUGUAUUUUCUACCACUAGCACAGGUCCACGAACAGAUAUAAAUAAAGGCACGAAACAAACUCUACCAGGUUGUUUGGUAAAGAAAAACAAAAAAUCAGAAGACGUAGCAAAAUGGUUUUGCAAAAUUUGCGACAAAGCUGAAAUAAAAGACAUGCGACUAUGUUUUAUAUGUGUACAGUACGUUCAUGAAGAAUGUGUACAAUGUGUAGGGCUGACAAAAUUCGAUAAGGAAUCCUUUACCUGUCCUGAUUGUACCCCACAAUAA